CACAUAAUGUUUGAGAAGUCUUCCGUUAAGCAGGUCAGCUCCUCCUCGUCAGUGUGAUCAGGUCCGCCUCCUGUCAGCUGCAGAUGCCGGCCGAUCUCUGACUGAGUGCUCUCUUAUUUUUGCAUCUCUAUCUGUCAUUCAUUGUGAAUGAGAAAGAUGACGUCGCGCUGAAAGUUUGAUGUUGCUGUUUUUUAUGCAACCUUUGGAUAUACUCUGUUUUUUUAGGACUCAUAAGGAGGCUAUGAAAAUUUCCCUGAAGAUAAACAAGCUGGUGACAGGCUGUGCCUGCUGUUCAUAACUUGUGAUAUUAGAUUUGUUGGAGCUCAGAGAGCCACAGUAUGUAUAGGUUAUGCGCUGUUGUCGUGUGCUGCGCUGUUUUCUCACGGGGUUUGCGGCACCUAAGUCCUUAGGUGAAGAUCCAAGGUUUCAACUUGAAAGCAGCGUAGAGGAAACUGACGGGCUGCAAGAGGAGAUUGAGGGUCAAGAGAGCAUCAUUUCAAAGCCGCUGGGUGAUUUUGACAAAGUGAAAGCCCUCUCGGAAGGCUCUGACUGUCGGUGUAAAUGUGUUGUCAGACCCCUGAGCAGGAGCGCCUGUCGGCGGAUAGAAGAAGGGAGCGCCACCGCGCAGGACUUCUACACGGUGGAGACUAUCACCUCAGGACCACAGUGCAAGUGCGCCUGCAUCGCUCCUCCGUCAGCGGUCAACCCAUGCGAGGGAGAGUUCAGGCUUAAAAAACUUAGGGAAGCUGGAAAAGAAAAUGUCAAGCUGCCCACCAUCCUUGAGCUGCUGGAGGGCUCUUUCUAUGGAAUGGAUUUACUGAAGCUGCACUCCGUUACCAGUAAGCUCCUAGAUCGUGUGGAUUACAUCGAAAAGUUGUUGUCAUCCUUCUUGGAGUUGUCAACUGCGUUAGCCUCUGCGAAGACAAACAGAAAGUAUAUUGGCUUCUUAUAGUACUGAUAGCGUACACAGUAUGGAUUCUUUUGAAUGAAAUCUGGGUCUCUGAACGCAAUGUUCGGAAAAAAAAGAAACUGCACAAAAAUAGAAGAGGUGACUAACAGUAUAUGUUAUACUCUAAUGUCUGGAAAUAAUACAUGAAAUGUUAUAUUA